AAAAAGGAAGACCUAUACGAGUUUUGGUGACCGCGGUCAGUGAUGAACUUACCUCAAGUAUUGUUCAAAAUCUAGUGCGAGAUCUCAGCAAACAUGAUAUUGGCUACGUGGCAUAUCUUCGUGAGGAACUGAAAAUCAAUCCACCGCCCAGUCGAGAAGAACUCAGCAGCAUUCGGUUGCAACACAAAACCUGGUUGAAACAGAUAUUUACACAGUGUGACUGCGUCAUAAUGGUGGCAACAGAACAUUAUCUUGACUAUGUAAAACCAAAAUUUAACCUAAAAGAUUUUUUACAUCGAAAUAAUGAGACCAAUCAACAUCAUCGCGAGGCACAAAAACAGAUUUACAGCAUGGUGGAAAAAAGGUUUAGUAAGAAGGGUGCAGCUUCUAAAGAACUUAUCCCUGUUCUGAUUAAUGGAA